AUGGCCAGAAAGUUCUUCGUCGGAGGCAACUGGAAAUGCAAUGGAACUGCCGAGGAGGUGAAGAAGAUUGUGAACACUCUUAAUGAAGCUCAAGUACCCUCACAGGAUGUCGUAGAGGUUGUGGUUAGCCCUCCAUAUGUUUUCCUUCCUCUGGUUAAGAGCACAUUGAGGUCUGACUUCCAUGUUGCGGCACAAAACUGUUGGGUUAAGAAAGGAGGUGCUUUCACUGGUGAAGUGAGUGCGGAGAUGCUUGUGAACUUGGACAUCCCAUGGGUUAUCCUUGGUCACUCUGAAAGGAGGGCACUCCUCAACGAGUCAAACGAGGUCGAUCGAGUGUCGAACUGGUCGAAAGUUGUCAUAGCCUAUGAACCAGUGUGGGCCAUUGGAACCGGAAAGGUCGCUAGCCCAGCCCAAGCUCAAGAAGUACAUGAUGAGCUGAGGAAAUGGCUUGCAAAGAACGUGAGCGCUGAUGUCGCUGCUACAACCCGCAUCAUUUAUGGAGGAUCUGUGAAUGGUGGUAACUGCAAGGAGCUAGGUGGGCAGACUGAUGUUGAUGGUUUCUUGGUCGGUGGUGCCUCUCUAAAGCCUGAGUUUAUCGACAUCAUUAAGGCCGCGGAGGUGAAGAAAAGCGCUUAA